CGUUAGCUAAGUCAUAAAUGUAGCAUGCAUAUUUCCUUCUUUUUAUUUACACUUGUCUCAUUUUACUCAUCACAGCCUACCUUCAUAUUUCUUCUUCGAAUAGCUCUCUCUUAGGUUACCAUAUUCCUUGUCUUGAAAACUCCUUCCUCCACAGUCCUCUGCUUUCUUUCUUUGAAAGAUGAAGAAUGGUAAGAUGAGGGGUUUCAUGUGCCAGUCCACAGCAAUAAAUGCUACAUGCAUGGCAGCUGAUCCCCGCUCGGCUGUGAUGCCAAGGAGGCCAGACAGAAUCCUUAUAGAGGAUACGAGAUUAAUCAACAAUGCCAGGUAUUCUAGGCUUGUUGAGUCUCGACGAUUUGUUGGAUCUGAUAAGAGACCAAUUUUCACUCCCUUUGUCAAAAGGGAACAAAAUCAAGAACAGAAGCCAAAACCCCUCCAGAAACAAGUUCAACUAGCUUCAUCAGAGCAUGUUUUCCAGGUGGUUGUCAUGCGGGUCUCUCUUCAUUGCCAAGGUUGUGCUGGGAAAGUGAAGAAACAUUUAUCCAAAAUGGAAGGAGUUACAUCAUUCAGUAUAGACCUUGAGAGCAAGAGGGUGACUGUGAUGGGGCACGUAUCACCAGUGGGAGUCCUGGAGAGCAUUUCGAAGGUGAAAAAGGCAGAGUUCUGGCCUUGUUGAAUAGGGUGCCUUUUACUUGAAAUGGAGAAAGAAGUGGCACUGUGCCAAAGUCGCGAAGAGAAAACUCAGACGUUGGCUUUUAUCUUAGAAUUGGGUAAAUCUUUAAUUCAAGUGGUCCUCAAUCCUCACCCAAAAUAAAAGAGGGAUAGAUCGAGUAGGCAUGGGUUUCGGAGUAUGUGAAGUGGAGUCGUGUUGAUAGGGAUGUUCCAUGGUUUGACAAUGAAUUUUAUUACGUCUUUCUCUUUUUCCCUGAAGCCUAUCUACCAUGCACUACACAUGGUAUUGCUUUAAUUGGGAAAUACCUCAUGUUUGUUUAAAGAAUUUGAGAAAAAAGAAUCUUGACUUCUCCAGGAUA